AUGUCAACUUCUCCAUUCACGCCUGUCGAUUCCAAGAGUCAGCCGGAUAUUUCAGGAUCCACGUUAAUAAUCCCAUCAAUAUCAAUUGGUAACAUCCCUCAAUUAACGGUAGACUUGCUCAUCCAUACCUAUUCUUUGACCAAAAUUGGAUACUUGGAUGACUUGUAUCUUUAUCCAUUCGCCGGCCCAAUUGACUACGCUACACUGAAUCUGCAUCCAGAACUGGGCAUUAGUCAUGCCAUCGAAGUCUACUACUCACAAAAGUUUAAUCUUACGGUCAUACAGCAACGGAGUCCAAUCAUUCCAACAUACACACUUCCAUUUGUGCAACAAGUGCUAUUCCCAUUCAUAACCACUCAUUUCGAACAUGUGUUUGUCUUGAACUCAUCAGAUGCCGGGUUAGUCGAAAGUGUCAAAAGCGGUGAUGUCAAACUUUACGACACCGAGGAUUUGAUCAGUUCAAACUUGAAAAACUUGUCAUUGGCAUCUUCUUCCUCACUUGCCGAAUCAAGUGAUUCCAAAUUUGGUGCUGGUGGUGCUGGUGAAGCCGAUAAAGACUCGAAAUUCGUCACUGAGUUGGUCAAGUCAAUCAUAUCUUACAAUGGCGAGAGUAGUUCCAACUCAAUAGGCAUCCAAGUUCUCGUUAGCUAUGUAUACGAAGGUGAUAAUUUCUAUGAUGCUGAAAAGUUGGCAUCCACAUUGCAAGAGGCUUUACAGCUACACAAGCUGCAAUCAGUUCACAGUUGGGUUAAGCCCGUCAGUUGGUUAGGUGCUUAUGGUGAUAAAUCAGUUCCAAACGCUAUGGAAGAAGGAAUAUUUGGUUGA